GAGUCGGUUCGGCCUCGUAUUCGGUUAAAGGGCGACUCGGUGUCGGAUUUAGGAAAAUUCUGGAGCUUAUUUUUGGGUUGAUUAGGAGGUCAGCUCAGAAGUGGCCUCUUCUUUGGUCAGCGUUCUCGUAAAAAUCUUCCGAGACAUCCAGUCGCGUUUCUGGUGUUUAUUCCUUGUAAAUACUCUUAUUUGUAUAUACUGUAAAUGAUGACAUCGGUAGGAGGAAACCGGAACCGGGCUAACUGGGAGCAGACACAGACACAGAGCCAGUCACAGCACAAGCAGAGGCCUCAGGCCACCGCUGAGCAGAUCCGACUCGCGCAGAUGAUCUCGGACCACAACGAUGCUGACUUUGAGGAAAAGGUCAAGCAGCUAGUUGACAUCACUGGGAAGGACCAAGACGAGUCUAUGAUAGCGCUGCACGACUGCAACGGAGAUGUGAACAGAGCCAUCAACGUGCUGCUGGAGGGCAGCCCUGACACCGAUUCAUGGGAAAUGGUGGGAAAGAAGAAGGGGGUGUCGGGGCAGAAGGAAAUCGCACAGACAGAUGGAGGAGAAGAAGGGAAGGAGAAUCGAGAGAGAGGAGGAGGAGGAGGAGAGAGAGAUGUAGCACGUCGUAGAGGAGGGGCUCCGAGGAGGGGGCGUGGAACCAGCCGUGGACGAGAGUUUCGUGGGCAGGAGAACGGCGUGGACGGCACUAAAGCAGGUGGAGUAGCGGGCAGAGGGACGGAGCGCGGCCGCCGAGGACGAGGCAGAGGGAGAGGUGGUGCUGGUAGGAGAGGUGGAAGGUUUUCAGCUCAGGGCAUGGGUACGUUUAACCCGGCAGACUACGCUGAGCCAGCGCAGACAGAGGAGAGCUAUGCCAUGGGAAGCACUUGGAGCAACACGGGCAACUUGGAACCAGAAGAAGGUGCCAGACUCGAGUUUUCUGGAGGAGAAGGAACAAAUUAUGCACGGAAGUUUGACUCUGCUCCUGGUGCGUGGCGAACUCCUACAGAAGAGUGGGGCACUGAGGACUGGGCUGAGGAUCUGUCAGAGACAAAGAUCUUCACUGCCUCCAGCGUGGUGUCCAUGCCCAUGCCUCAGGAGAACGUUACCAUAACAGCUGGACAGAGGAUUGACUUAGCAGUGCUAUUGGGGAAAACACCGCCCUCCUCCUCUUCUGAGACGGAGUCUGCUCCAAUAGAUGCCCCUCAGCCUCCAUCUCUAUCCCAGUCUCUGGUUUUUAGCAACUCCAAGCAAUCUGUCUCGCUCUCCCAGCCCUCCUCCAGCACCUCAUAUAAUCAGCACAGCAUGGUGAGCAUGCUCAGUAAGGGUUUUGGUGAAGUGGGAGACUCUAAAGGCACCAGUGGAAACUCCACCACCGGUUCCCAGUUCCUGGAGCAGUUUAAGACAGCGCAGGCUCUGGCACAGCUGGCAGCGCAGCAUUCUCAGAGCGGCCCGUCCAGCACAGGCCCCUCCAGCUGGGAGUCCAGUCCCGCUCCCCUGGCACAGUAUGACAUGAAGUCUCAGACGGACGCAGCGGGGCACAGUCCCUUCACCAAGCGGCAGCCGUACCAGCCCACCUCCUCCACUGCGUCCUCCAUGAUGGACGCCUUCCUGCAGGAGAAAGGUCCUACCCCCUCCACCGCUUCUUCCCAGCCCACCCCUUCCACCUCUUUGGCCCAAACAGUCUCCACUCCGAAACCUUCAGCCCCCGCAGUAAGCCAGCAGCAGAUACCUUCGGGUCCUUCAGAACCUCAGGCCUCCAGUCCUCUGCCCCUACAGCAGCAUAAGCUCAAACAUCAAAAGAAGAGAACCUCCAUCACCACCAAGAUCCCUGCUUUAGCAGUGGAGAUGCCAGGUUCAGCAGACAUAACUGGACUCAACCUGCAGUUUGGAGCGUUACAGUUUGGCUCUGAGCCUGUCCUGCCGGAGUACGACACCGUAGCCGUAGCCACCACAACACCAGGCAAUGCGACUCAGAACAGCCUCUACACCAGUGCCAACAGCGAGCAGGCUCCAGCUCUGUCCAGUGCCACGCAGAUGGAGCUGUAUGAGCAGAGAGCGAGCCAGACCCGGCGCUACCCACCCUCCGUUUCCUCGUCUCCACAGAAAGACUUGCAGCCCAAGAACGGGUUCAGUUCAAUACAGACAACGCAGUCUCUGGAAGCUGCAGCUGGCUCUGCAGUGUCUGCGAAGCCAGCGUCUGACUCGAACGCUCCUUCCACUGUGUCGAACAUGGCCUCGCUGUCGGACCCGCCCUCAGGCCCCGCCUCUCUCCUGACAACAUCCAGUCAGACACCUCUCGCCACUCUUGGACAUGAAGACCCCUCCAAUACGAUUGCUCCUCCACAACACAAUUCCCUUUCCACACCACAGAACAGCUUGGCUCCUUCCACAGUGCGGACUUCCAGCACAAGCUUACUGCAUCCAAAUGUGGAUGGAGACUCGAGCCUGCACUCGUCUUCCUUCUCCUCGGUCUCUGCGGUGGCCCCCUCCGCCGUCCCCCCUUCCUCCACAGUCUCUUCCUCUUCCUCCUCAGCCCCUGUCUCUCAUAGUGCUCCUGUUCCUCCCUCCUCUUCCACGGUCAGUGCUGCCUCUGCUCAGGCCAGUCUGGGGCCAGUCAGUAGUCUGGCCAUGGGCCUGAACAGUGCAGGCGGAGUUGCCUCUAUUGUCCCCCCCACUGCUGCUGCAGCUGCGUCUUCAUCGUCAGUGGCCUCAGCUUCAGCCGCACCGUCAUCAGCUUCAUCACGCAGCACGGCUGCCUCAGGGAAAGCGCCUCCGAACCUGCCUCCUGGAGUGCCUCCUCUCCUGCCCAACCCCUAUAUCAUGGCUCCUGGCCUGCUCCAUGCAUACCCGCCCCAGGUGUAUGGCUACGAUGAUCUGCAGAUGCUCCAGACUAGGAUACCACUGGAUUACUAUAGCAUUCCAUUUGCUACGCCAACGACAGCACUGACGGGCAGAGACGGCAGUUUGACCAGCAACCCUUAUUCUGCUGGUGAGCUGACGAAGUUUGGUCGCGGGGACACGUCAUCUCCUUCUCCGGCCACCACGCUGGCUCAGGCCCAGCAGAGUCAGACCCAAACUCACCACACCACGCAGCAGCCCUUCCUGAACCCGGCUCUGCCCCCUGGCUACAGCUACACCAGUCUGCCGUACUACACGGGCGUGCCCGGCCUGCCCAACACUUUCCAGUACGGCCCUGCCAUGUUCCCGGUAGCACCUACUUCCUCCAAACAGCAUGGUGUGAAUGUUGGUGUCAAUGCUUCAGCCACAGCCUUCCAGCAGGCUAGUGGAUACGGAUCCCAUGGAUACAGCACUGGCUAUGAGGAUUUGGGCCAGGCUUCAGCAGGGAGCGGGGAUUUCUGUAAGGGCGGCUACGGCAAUGCUGUGGCUGCUGCUGCUGCCGCCGCCGCCGCCGCUUCUGCUCAAAACAAACCGGCCAGCUCAGUCACCGCGCCCGGAGUGGGAGUCUCUGUUACAUCCAGUAACACGGGUGUCCCUGACAUUUCAGGGUCUGUUUACACGAAGACACAGUCCUUUGAGAAGCAGGGUUACCACGCGGCGGCAGCACCAGGCGCCUCGUUCAGUGUGCCGUCAGCACUGGGCAGCGGCGGCCCCAUCAACCCCCCGGCUGCAGCGCCCUACGCCCCCGCGCCCUUCAUGCACAUCCUCGCUCCUCAUCAGCAGCCCCACUCGCAGAUGCUGCACCACCACCUACAGCAGGACGCCCAGACUGGCUCCGGACAGCGAAGUCAGAACGCUUCCAUUCAACAGAAGUCCCAGAUCAACAAAUCUACUUACAACAGCUACAACUGGGGAGGCAAUUAAUUGCCCUAGUUUCCAAUCUGGUGAAAAAAAAAAAAAAAAAAAAAGGCUGAAAUUAGGGGACCCUUCUCUUCCACCCUAAAUCAUCUGCGGCGCCAUUCUUUCGCUUCUCCCUGUCCAAUCGCCCUACAGUACUCCUCCAUGCCCAUGGUGGUACUCUACUAAAGCGGUAGCAGUGUGUGUGUGUUUGCGAGGGGUGACGACUGGGGAAGGAGUGUUGAAGGGGAAACUCCCAGCCAAGCAUCGAGUGUUUGCAGUUUUAUUGAGUUUAAGUAAUAAUACCCAUCGCCUCUUCUUUCAUUCUGUUAUUAUGUAUGUAACAUAGAGCUAUUUUCUAAAGGAGUGUUUUUGUAACUGGUGGAAGAGAAGUUGGGAUUAUGGUUUGGCGGGGAGUCUCCUGCCCCUAGUUGCACCCUGCUUGAUUUAACCCAAGAAAUAUGUAUCAAAGGUUAUACACGAGGGCACAAAGAUAUGACAGAUGUUCCAGGUGUGUGGGAAUGUGAGUUUUCUAGAAACCCUUUGUUUCUCCUGCUUAAAUGUGAGUCUGUAAUAAGGGUAUAAAUGGACUCCAUUUUGUUUGAACCCCUUCAGUCAUCCCCAAAUUAUUGUACAGGCUUGGCAAAUGAAGAGGACGCUGUUCACGUGCAUAUCCAUGUUCUUUAUAUUAAGCAUAAGGUUUUUUUUUUUUUUUUUCCCUCUUUUUCCCCCAAGGAAGGAGGGGUUGUUUACGCUUACCUUGGCACGACCUUUGAGGCAUCGCUGUCUGUUUGCUCUUAUUGGAGAGGUUGGCGUAUACUUACAUCACCUUGUAUGUGCAAGUGUGUACCCCACACCAUUUCCUCCUCAAACAUCAUAUGUGGCAAUGUUCUGCUCCCUUUCCCAUAUUUUAUUGAUUUUCUGUUGAUUAGAGAAGUAUGAAUGGAUAGAUUUGUAUUAUCAGUUUUUUUUUUUUUUUUUUUUUUUUUUUUUUUUGUCAGUGGCUCUUUCUUUUUGUACUGUGCGUUUUAAAAAAAAAAAAAUUAAUGGAUAAAUUUGUCCUGUACAUACAUAUACAUAUAUAUAAAAACACAAGUACUGUAGUCCACGUUUGUUCGAUGGCUUUCCCCCUCCUGAAUCCUUUACACAUAGACCUAACGUUUGUUUCAUAUUUUUUUUUUAUUUUGUAAUAUAUAUAAAUAUAAAUAUUAAGUAAAUAAACAAGAAAAAGACAUUUUCAUCAUUUUGGAUGUGAAUGUCUUUUUUAAGAAAACAA